CUCCCCGGCCCGCGCCGCCUCCUUCCCACCAGCGGCGGCCGGCACAGCCCCCGAGGAGCCGACGCAGCGCCGCCAAGCUGGGGCUGGCACGGGGGCGGUCGCGGGGUUCGCCCUGGCCCCCAGCCUCGUCCGCGCCCUCCCCUGAGCAGCUGUCGAUCAGCGGAGCGAGGAGCCGGAUUGGCGGAGGGGAGGCUGUUGCCCGGGAGCCGCCGUCCCGCCCCCGCCCCCGCCUCCUCGCCCGCCCCCUGCACUCCUCGUCCUCCCCAGGGCCCUGGGAAGGGGCGCAGCGUGGGAAAGGGAUGGUUGAGUUUUAACCGGAGGCAGAGCGUGAGCGGAUCAGUGUGUGCGGAACCCGAGCAGCCGGCCGCGGAGAGUCGCCGCCGCUGUUAACUCCUCCCUGCCCGCCGCGCCGACGCUGCCCGGAGCCCCGCGCAGCCAGCAUGAAGCGAGCCCACCCCGAGUACAGCUCCUCGGACAGCGAGCUGGACGAGCCGGUCGAGGUGGAGAAGGAGAGCGCGGACGAGAACGGAAACUUGAGUUCGGCCCUAGGUUGCAUGUCCCCAACUACGUCUUCACAGAUCCUGGCCAGGAAAAGACGGAGAGGCAUCAUCGAGAAACGCCGGCGAGACCGGAUCAAUAACAGUUUGUCUGAGCUGAGGCGGCUGGUACCCAGUGCUUUUGAGAAGCAGGGAUCUGCUAAGCUAGAAAAAGCCGAGAUCCUGCAGAUGACGGUGGAUCACCUGAAGAUGCUGCACACGGCAGGAGGGAAAGGCUACUUCGACGCGCACGCCCUGGCCAUGGACUAUCGGAGUUUGGGGUUCCGGGAAUGCCUGGCAGAGGUCGCCCGCUACCUGAGCAUCAUCGAAGGGCUGGAUGCCUCCGACCCGCUCCGAGUCCGACUGGUGUCGCAUCUUAACAACUACGCCUCCCAGCGGGAAGCGGCGAGUGGCGGGCACGCGGGCCUCGGGCACCUUCCCUGGGGGAGCGCCUUCGGACACCCCCCGCACGGGGCGCACCCGCUGCUGCUGCCCCAGAACGGCCACGGGAACGGCGGCUCGGCGGCCUCGCCCACGGACCCGCACCCCCACGGCCGCUUGGCCGCGGCACAUCCCGAGGCGCCCACCCUUCGAGCGCCCCCGAGCGGUGGCCUUGGACCGGUGCUCCCCGUGGUCACCUCCGCCUCCAAACUGUCGCCACCCCUGCUCUCCUCCGUGGCCUCCCUCUCAGCCUUCCCCUUCUCUUUCGGCUCCUUCCACUUACUCUCUCCCAACGCGCUGAGCCCUUCGGCACCCACGCAGGCAGCAAACCUCGGCAAGCCCUACAGACCGUGGGGGACGGAGAUCGGCGCUUUUUAAAGGACCGAUGCUGUAGAAUGAGGGGGGACAGCUUGCAGCCCCAGCUGAGCUGGCGGUUGCCGACAUCACCUUAAAGUCGUCAGUUAUAAUAAAGAGGAAAAAGGUACAAUUCCAGAUAAAUUCUGUUGAGAGACGAAAGGUUUGUUGUUUUA